UACAAUCAUCGUACAGUGCAGUGCACAUGACGCCGCCCGACGUUGACGAGCGCCAAGAUAUGCCCACAACCCGACCGAACAUAACCAAUUAACCGAAUUCGCCUCCACUUCUUUGGAACCGCCGUCUCAUCUUGAGCCUCAGUAAACUACCGCAGAGCAGCAGCGGCCGGCCCGCUGAGUUGACUUGGAAGGGGCGGUAACGGAAAGGAAAAUGGAUAAGCAGAUGAUCCAACCCAUAGUCGCUGCGAUCAUUUCUUCAAUAAUUGCUUUUAGAGCUUAUAGAAAGAAGUCACUUGACCUCUCUGGAGCUCUCGCUGGCUUUAUUGUUAUGACCCUUCAUAUUGCCGUCAAUUUCAGGUUUGGGGCAAUGUUGCUUGUUUUCUUUUUCACUUCUUCCAAGCUCACUAAAUAUGGAUUGGAGACAAAACGAAAACUGGACGCUGAGUUCAAAGAGGGAGGUCAACGGAAUUGGAUCCAAGUUCUGUCAAACAGUGGCAUAGCAAGCCUUUUGGUCUUGGUUGCAUGGAAGUUGACCGGUCAUCAGGACAAGUGUCUCGAUUCAAAAGAAUCUGGCAGUAUGGUGUAUCUAGUCAGUGCCAUCAUUGGCCACUAUUGCUGCUGCAAUGGAGACACUUGGUCAUCAGAACUUGGGAUAUUGAGUGAUGAGCAGCCUCGACUGAUCACAACCUUAAAGCCAGUUCGGAGGGGUACAAAUGGUGGUGUGACCAAAGCUGGACUUCUAGCGGCAGCAGCAGCGGGCAGUGUCAUUGGAUUGGCAUUUGUUCUACCUGGUUACUUAAUUGCAUCAUGCUCUUUGGAUGUAGCUCUGAAGCAGCUACUUGUGAUACCAAUUUCUGCUCUGGCAGGAGUUUCUGGAAGCGUCAUAGAUUCUCUGUUGGGAGCUACUCUGCAAUUUAGUGGAUUUUGCAGUGUCCGCAAUAAGGGAUUCAAUUAAUAUCAACAGAAAUGAGGACUUCGACAAACUGAUACGUACUUUUGUGCAGGUGGUUGGGAAGCCGGGACCAACAGUAAAAAAGAUCUCCGGUCUUAGCAUUCUGGAUAACAAUGCUGUGAACUUGGUCUCCAUAUUGCUAACUUCUGCCCUCACUUCCAUUACUUGCUCGUACAUUUUCUGAACUCCUCCACUCAGCUCCUUGUGAGUGGCUGCUUUCCUUUGUCCUUUCUCUUUCUUUUAGGAGGGGAUCGAUUUUUUUUUUUUUUUUUUUGGGAAAGAGGGGGGGGGGGGGGUGGUUUAACAUCCUGAAUAGAUAUCGAUUGAUAGAAAAUCAGUCAUUAUGUUGCAUCUCCAGUUACUUUAUAAUCUAUCAGAAAGUAAACUAGAUGAAUGAUGACUCAAAAGGUUGAGCAA